AUGGCGGCGGCUCGGCGGGCUCGGGCGGGCGGUGGCGGUUCGGGGCCGCGGUUCGGGCGGGCGGCGGAGCCGGAGCCGGCGGUGCCGCAGGGGCUGCUGCGGCUGGCGCGGCGCAGCGGGCAGCUCAACCUGGCGGGACGCGGCCUCAGCCACGUGCCCGAGCACGUGUGGAGGAUCAACGUGGACCCUCCGGAGGAAGCCCAGCAGAACCUGUCCUUCGGAGCUGCCGACCGCUGGUGGGAGCAGACCGACCUCACCAAGCUCAUCCUGGCCUCCAACAAACUGCAGGAGCUCUCGGAGGAUGUGAAGCUGCUGCCAGCUCUCAGCACGCUGGAUGUGCAUGACAAUCAACUGACAUCACUUCCUUCUGCUUUAGGGCAACUUGAAAAUCUCCAGAAACUCGAUGUCAGCCACAACCAACUGAGGAGCCUUCCCGAGGAGCUGCUGCAGCUGCCCCGUCUGAGGAGCCUCCUGGUGCAGCACAACCAGCUGAGCCAGCUGCCCGAGGGGCUGGGGCAGCUCCUGAGCUUGGAGGAGCUGGAUGUGUCCAACAAUCAGCUCACAGCCAUCCCCAGCAGUUUUGCUCUGCUGGUGAAUUUGGUGAGACUCAACCUGGCCUGUAACCAACUCAAGGAGCUGCCUGCAGACCUCAGUGCCAUGAAAAGUUUGAGGCAACUGGAUUGUACCAAGAACUACCUGGAAACUGUUCCUCCUAAAUUAGCAAGCAUGGCAUCCCUGGAGCAGCUCUACCUGAGGAAAAACAAACUGCGCUCCUUGCCCGAGUUUCCCUCCUGCAAGUUCCUGAAGGAGCUGCACGCUGGGGAGAACCAGAUUGAAAUGCUGAAUGCAGAGAAUCUGAAGCAGCUGAGCUCCCUGUGCGUGCUGGAGCUCAGGGACAACAAGAUCAAAGCAGUGCCCGAGGAGAUCACGGUGCUGCAGAAGCUGGAGAGGCUCGACCUGGCCAACAAUGACAUCAGUAGGUUGCCUUACACCCUGGGGAACCUCCCUCAGCUGAAAUUCCUGGCACUGGAGGGAAAUCCUUUGAGAACCAUUCGGAGGGACCUGCUGCAGAAAGGCACCCAGGAACUGCUGAAAUAUCUGAGGAGCAAAAUCCAAGAUGAUGGCCCUGGCCCCAAUGAAGAAUCUCCUGUCACAGCCAUGACUCUUCCCAGCCAGUCCAAGGUCAACAUCCACGCCAUAACCACGCUGAAAUUAUUGGAAUACAGUGACAAGCAGGCUGCAGAGAUCCCCGAGGCCGUGUUUGAUGCUGUGGCCUCCAACGCUGUGACCACCGUGAACUUCAGCAAGAACCAGCUCAGGGACAUCCCCCCAAGGUAUUUGGGGUCAUUCCCAACUGGGAUUUGCUCUCGUGCCUUUGUUUCCAGCAUCCCUGAGCUCUGUGUAUCUUGUUGUUUUUCUUUCUUUCAUAACAGAAACAAUGUUCUGACAGCCUUGCCUGAGGAAAUGGAGGCACUGAAAAAACUGCACACAAUAAAUCUUGCUUUUAAUAGAUUUAAGGUGUUUCCCAGUGUCCUUUAUCACCUCCCAGCCCUGGAGACCAUCCUGCUCAGCAACAACCAGGUGGGAUCCAUCGACCCCGUGCAGCUGAAGGGUUUGGACAAGCUUGGAACUCUGGAUCUGCAGAACAAUGACCUCCUCCAGGUGCCCCCAGAGCUGGGCAACUGUGAGAACCUCAGGAGCCUGCUGCUGGAGGGGAACCCGUUCCGCACGCCCCGCGCCGCCGUGCUGGCCAAGGGCACGGCUGCACUGCUGGAAUACCUGAGGAGUCGCAUCCCCUCCUGAGCCUGGGCAUCCCUCCUGAGCCCUGGGCAUUCCUCUGAGCCCUGGGCAUCAUUCCUGAGCCCCCUGAGCCCUGGGCAUCCCUCCUGAACCCUGGCAUCCCUUCCUGAACCUGGCCUGGCCAAGGGCACGGCUGCACUGCUGGAAUACCUGAGGAGUCGCAUCCCCUCCUGAGCCUGGGCAUCCCUCCUGAGCCUGGCACCCCUCUGAGCCCUGGGCAUCAUUCCUGAGCCUGGGCAUCAUUCCUGAGCCCUGGGCAUCCCUCUGAGCCCUGGGCAUCCCUCCUGAACCCUGGCAUCCUUUCCUGAACCUGGCCUGGCCAAGGGCACAGCUGCACUGCUGGAAUACCUGAGGAGUUGCAUCCCCUCCUGAGCCUGGGCAUUCCUCUGAGCCCUGGGCAUCCCUCCUGAGCCCUGGGCAUCAUUCCUGAGCCCUGGGCAUCCCUCCUGAGCCCUGGGCAUCCCUCCUGAGCCCUGGGCAUCAUUCCUGAGCCCUGGGCAUCCCUCUGAGCCCUGGGCA